AUGUCUGAAAAAGACGACAAAAAAAGCAUGCCAGCUUUAAACGUGGUUCUGUGUGGGAGGAGAGGAGCAGGGAAGGCCUCAGCAGCCAAGGCCAUUUUAGGUCAGACAGAGCUUCAUUCAGUCUCCAGCUCAGAGUGUGUUAAACAUCAGGGAGAGGUGUGUGGACGUUGGGUUUCCCUGGUGGAGCUGCCUGCAUUGAAUGGAAAACCUCAGGAGGAAGUGAUGGAGGAAUCAUUCAGGUGUAUCUCCCUCUGUGAUCCUGAGGGCGUCCAUGCCUUCAUCCUGGUCCUUCCUGUGGGUCCCCUCACUGAUGAAGACAAGAAAGAGCUGGAGACCAUCCAGAACACUUUCAGCUCUAAAGCCAGUGACCUUACAAUGAUUCUGUUCACUGUGGAGUCAGAUCCCACAGCUACAGAUGUGGAUAACUUUCUAAAGGAAAACAAGGCCAUCCAGGAGCUCCGUCAGAGCUGUGGAGGAAGACAGUUUGUCCUCAACAUCAGGGACCAGCAGCAGAUCCCAGAGCUGUUGGAUGAUGUGGAAAGGAUGAGAGUUGAAGGACCCAGAUGCUUCAUGAAGGACAUGUUCACCAAGGCUCAGAUGGAGAAGGUCUUAGAACUUAAAGCUGAACUGCAGAAUGUAAAGCAGAGAGGCGCCAUGGAAGGUUAUGGUGAACAUGAGAGCAGCGAGCCUCUCAGGAUGGUGCUGAUUGGGAAGACCGGCAGCGGGAAGAGUACAACAGCAAACAUCAUUUUGGGCAAAAAGCAUUUCAAACCCACAAUCGCCACAAAGCUAAAGAUCAAAUCCUGUGAGAAAGCAGAAGGAGAGAUUGAUGGGCGGCCUGUCGUUGUCGUCAACACUCCCGGCUUGUUUAAUACAACUCUGUCUGAGGAUGAAAUUCGAAAGGAGCUUCAGAAAUGCAUCAGCAUGUUGUGGCCUGGACCUCAUGUGAUCUUCCUGUUGCUGCAGAUCGGGAACAUUACACAAGAAGAAAAAGACUCUCUGGAGCUGAUCAACGAGGUUUAUGGCAAGAAUUCAGGAGAUUUCAUCAUCCUCAUAUUCACCAGAGGAAAUGAACUGGAGGAUCAGUCAUUUGAGAGUUAUAUCGAAGAUUGUGAUGACUUUGUUAAACAACUCAUAGAUGACUGCGGAGGGAGAUACCAGGUGCUCAAUAACAAAGAUGACAUAAACCGCACACAAGUCAGAGAGCUGCUGACCAAGAUUGACACCAUGGUGAAGAAAAAUGGAGGCAGCUGCUGCGCCACUGUGGAGCAAGUUGCAAAAGAGGAACAUCAUGAAGAAAUGCAACAGAUGAAGUUAGAACUUGAAGCAAAAAUGUCUGAACAAAGUAAGCAACUGGGGGAAGAAAUUAAAAAACUGGGAGGAGAACUGCAAAGCAUGAAGCAGAAACAGGCUGGAAGAAAGAAAAACAAAUGCCUCAUCCAGUGAUUAUGUAGAACAUCGAAGAAGUACACUCAGGAAAUUGGCCUCCUAACAUCUUAGAUAAUCCAUUUUAACAAUUUGGAUUGGGAUUUUUUCAUGCUUGCGCUAUCUUGUGCACUGUAUCCGCAUGUAUUUAAUGAACUGGAUAAACUUGGAAAGCCAUCCGUUCACUAGAUAACAGCUGCCUCCAACUGAUAUUGGACAGUACCACUUUAAACACAAGAUGUAAGCUCAAUCUAAGGCCUGACCUCAAUUAGUUUAACUAAGUGUAACCUUCAUAUAAGUUACCUGACAACUCAUAUUUUAUACAUUGUUGAAUCCAGUCUAUUAGAUAUACUCUCUGGGCAGUUAUUUGCUGAAAGAGCUGUCCUAUGCUCCAUUCCUUUUUUGGCACCUAACAGCUGACUAAAACAUACUUCCAACAAGAACUGGGCACAAAAAUGCUCUAAUUGUAAUAUUCAAAUUUAGUGGAAACAAAAUUCUUCUGUUUUAUGUGCUGUUAUUACAGACAGUGGAGAGAUGACGAGGAAUGGAGAGCAUAACACAUUUUUCUUGCCUGGAUGUUGGUUCAUGGUCAGUAUCUUGUUAUCAUAUGGAUUUUUGAGUUUUUCCUAAGAACUCAUUUGACUUUUUUAUUGACUGAGGCUCUGCAGAGUCCUAAAACUGUUUGGUGAUUGUUCACUGGUUCGAAUGUCAACACCCAGAGAGGAGAGUUCAUCUUUCAUGGAUAAAGAUGCAGCACAUCAGCCCUUAAAAGACACAAUCGGAAAAUGUAGAUACAGAUAUCUAAAGCAAAAGAACAUUAAACUUCCAAAGCCGUUAACCCAUUUGGGUCAAACAACCAACAAGAAGAAUGGAGAGCAUGACAGCUAUGAUGUAUUGAGGGUGAGGACGCAGGUUUGAUCAUGACCCCAAAGUCUGUGUCUGAACCCAACGAACUAAAGCAAAGGACACAGAUGGAAGAAGAAGAAGAAGAAACAAUGAGACUGGCAUCAGGACAAAAAUUGAUUCCUCUUGUUUGCUGAAUACUUUAAUAUUCUCUACAGAGAUUUCAAGAGAUCAAGCAAAAUUUAAACAGAGCCCGGAGAAGAAAAAAAGCUUCAGAAAGCUCCAAAGAUAGAAUUUUGUGCUUGUGCUGUUGUGCUAUAUAUAUAUAUAUAUAUAUAUAUAUAUAUAUACUGUGUUGAGUAGACGUACACUACAGAGAGUGCAAAGACUUCUUUAGUCUCCAUUCACACCCAUGGCCGGAGGUUAUCAGGUCAAAUACAUUAUUUAUAUUCAAAUUCUUCUAAUCAUCAGGCAUAUGUCUGACAAUACCAAUAACCAAUAAAUAAUGGUGUGUAGAAAUUACAGACUCAAAAUUGAAUGUCAAAUAGGUUUUCUUAAACCCAGUUCACUAUGAAACUUGAUUCAGGCAAAUAUUUACCCCAAAAUAACUGUUGAGGCUUAAAAUGACACUUUUGACUGACACUAGAUCAGACUUGGGAAGUUCUCUCAUUUCUGCGAUAGAUCAGAAGUUCCAUUCAAUUUUCAGGAAACAGAUUCUCCAACAGCUGCUAAAGUGUCGUUUUAACUAGGCAUGUACCAAAGUUAUUGUCUGUCCAGUGUAAGGUUGAUUUGUUUUGAGUGACAAAACUCUGUGAAGCAAAUACUACAGAAUUAAGACAGGACUUUUGACCUGCAUUUUUUUUUUGUUUCGUUUGGAUUCAGCUUCUCUCUUCAAUAAUGUUUAUUUUUAACAGAUACAAACAGUAUUAUUCAGGUUUGGGAUAUUUUGGCCCUAAAAGAAGGGGAACUUACACACCAUAGAUGUUUCCAUUGUUGUUUCUUUUGGACAAACAAUUUUGACAAUUUUGAUUUUGACAAGAUUCUUGUUUUUGUGUUAUUAUCUUUUCCAGCAAGUCUUUAACUUCCAGACUGGUUUGUAUGUUAGUUGUAUUUUUUGUAUCUGCCUAACGAUGUAAGUUAAUUUAGCUGUUAAAGUUUAGAAUUUCAGUAUUAAUGCAAAAAUGGUUUCUUUUUUAAUUUUGAUACACUUAGUGUAUAACUUCUCAACUGGUGAGAAAGGCAUAAAUCAUUUUUAUUGCAUAGUAGAAGCUAUGUUAUGCUAUUGAAAAGGUAAAGGUUGGAAUCAUUUUUGACUCUGGUCAUUUCUCCAAAUGUAUUCUUCAAAGUUUCAUUCAGGGAUGUUUCUUCAAGAGAAAUGUAUGCCUUUCCCUACAUGUAUAGAAUCCACGAGAGCUGUAUUAUGUUGUAUUUUGUAUCUCUUAACUCUUUUUCAAUUUUUCUACUUGUAUAUUGUUUAACAAACAUAUUUUUUUAUUACCAUUAAUGGCACGUCAUAGAAUCAAAUGUACAGCAUCUAUCAAGUUACCCAUGACCUCAGAUGACACUAUAACUUUAUGUCUUUAACAAUUUUUAAACAAAACUAAAACCUGUUGUUUUGGUUAAUUAUGUCUGGCGAGCCUUAUUCAACACUAAGAGACGUCUUUAUAGAACUACAGAGACAUUUUAUCUUGUGUCUUCAGUGUUAAAAAUUCACAGUCUUAAACAAAAUAAAAUAACUAAUAAUAACUAAUAACUUUUGAACUGC